UCCAAUGCGUUAUCUCACUGUGGUUGGGAUUGGAAAUGAUAGCAAAAGAAAUUGGAAUAACUCAAUAACUGCUGGAGUAUCUAACAGUAAAACAUCAAAAUAAAAUAAAAUGGCUGAAAAAUCUGUACUUCCAAGUAAACUAUCUGAAGGACCUCACGGCUUAGGUGAUCCCGAUGACAGAAGUUUGCGAAGGGUUGAAAAAGACGUAAUGAUACCAAAACUCAUAAGAGACAAAGCUAAGAAAGAGAAAUGUAUUCAGGAAGUGGCAGACUUUGAGAACUGUUGUAAGGAAUCAUCACUUUUAAUGAUUGUGAAGUGCAGAAAGCAAAAUUCUGCGCUCAAAGACUGUAUGGGUAACUGGUACCAAAAUGAAGAGUUCAAAAAACUAUGUACUGAAGAGUAUUUAGCACAAAGAAGCGAAUACAGAAGGACUGGCAUUAAGAAACCUAUCAAGAGGGCUUAAUUAUUGCUUGUAGUUAAUAUGUUGUUAUUAGUUUUGUGUAAAUAUAAUUGAAAAUCAUUUUA